GUGCGACAGAGGAUCGGGAUAAAUUCAAGUCGUCGAGCACUAUGCCUAAUCAAGACAUUACGAUACCUUAAUAAAUGGAGAUGUCCCCGGUCGUCUAACGGGUUUACGGGCCUAGACGGACGAAUUCAUCAUCCCUCUUCUAUCGUUUUAGGCAGACAUCGACGUAGCUAACCUUCAACGAUCUUGGAUUUGAAACGUCUCUUAUACCUCUUAAGCAUGUAUAUAUUAUAUACCUUAGGUUAUGUAGUUAGGUAGGUAAGCUUCAACAGAAUAUUUAAACAUAGACGUGUGCUCUCUCCUCGUAAGAGUAUUUUUCCAGACAGCAACACUUUAAACACAUCCAUCCAGGAGACAGACCAGUGACCUACUUCACUAUUAAUAUCUACUACCUCCGAUCUAUCUACCUUUUCUCACCCAACGACCUCCAGCCAAUCUUAUAAAAAUGCCCUCCUACGUAGUUACCGGUGCGGGCAGAGGACUCGGUGUUGAGUUCCUACGCCAGCUCUCCGAGAAUCCAGAUGCAAUUGUCAUUGGACUCGCCCGAAACGUGGAAGCUGCCAAGAAGAAGGCAGCUGAGACCGGACGCCCCAAUAUCCAUAUCAUCCACGGAGAUCUGGAUGACUACGAGUCUCUGAAGAAAGCGGCAGAGGAAACCGCCAAAAUUACCGGAGGAAGCUUGGACUAUCUCAUCGCCAACGGUGCUUACAUUUCCGGUGUUUCGGCCUCCCUGGGUCUUUUCGACUUGGGCGAGAACCCCAAAGCUCUAGACGAGGACUUGGAAAAGUCCUUUAGAACUAAUGUCUACGGAAACAUCCACCUCAUCAACUUCUUCCUGCCCCUGAUCCAAAAGGGACAAGCCAAGAAGGUCAUCUCCAUCUCGACUGGACUUGCCGACUUCGAAUUGACCAAAGAGUACAAGAUCGAGCCGGCCGGCCCGUACGCCAUGAGCAAGGCAGCUCUCAACCUUGCAAUUGCCAAGUAUCAUGCGCAGUUCGCCAGCGAAGGAAUCCUAUUCUUCAGCAUCUCUCCUGGCAUGGUUGCAACGGAUGCAAACACGCCUCCGAUCACUACCGAAAGGGAGCAGAAGAAAGCUCAACAGAUGUAUGCCAGCUUUGCCCAAUACGCGCCUCAUUUCAAGGGUCCGAUUACCCCGAAGGAGUCGGUUGAGAAAGUCUUGGGUGUUAUUUACGACUCCAGCCUGGAGAAGGGAGACGGCGGCGCGUUUGUAUCGCAUUUGGGACGAGGGCAGCCGUGGAUAUAAGUGUUGGCUCAGCCAUAGUAGAGCACGGACGGGAUUGCAUGAGUGGUAUGGAUAACGAAUUUGCAAGAAUUAAGUUAGCAAAAUAAACCCCCCGCUCCCCUCUCUCCCACCCUA